GCGAGGCGGAAUCAAGCACAGUUCUCCAUCUGUCUUCACGUGAUCAACAAUGCUUGCUGUGGUGGUAAUGGUGUGUGUCCUGCUGGUGGGGGGCGUGUCUGCUGACGGUCACCUUGAGAAACCACGUAACUAUGACUUCAACUACGCGGUGCAGGAUGUGGAAGCUGGUUCAGAUUUUGGCCACCAGGAAACGCGUAAGGACGGUGUAACAUCAGGGAGCUACCGGGUGUUCCUGCCUGACGGACGCCUGCAGGUGGUGACUUAUACAGCAAGGCCAGGGGGUUUUGUUGCUGAGGUGAAGUACGAGGGUGAACCUGUCUUCCCUCCACCCCCGCCCUUCAUCCCUCACCACCACGGACACAUCCCAUUCCAUCCUGCUCCUCCUCCUCCUCAUCAUCAUAUCCACCACGGUCAUGUGUAUUAGAUGGUUCUGUCAACGGUUCGUCUGUUUGGUUCUGGUUCAUUGUCUUUGUUUCGCUUCCUUUGUGUUUCCUGAAUAAAUCAAUCGAUCAAC